GCGCGGGGCCGUGCCGCUGCUGGGCUGCCUGCUGGCCGCGGCGUCCAGCACGCGGCCCGAGUGCAGCAUCAUGCAGGAGAUCGAGGAGGAGCGCAGCCUGUGCCUGGCAGAGCUCACCUGGGACAACCACACCUCAGGCUGCAGGAGGCAGUGGGACAACAUCACAUGCUGGCCUGAAGCAGAGGUGGGAGAAGUCGUGGUACGGCCGUGCCCCAAGUACUUCAGGUUCCUGACCUCCUACCUGGGGAAUGUGACCAGGAAUUGUACAAGCCAGGGCUGGUCAGAUGUGUACCCUGCACCCUACGCUGUAGCUUGUGGAUAUGAUUCCAACAGCACUCCAGGGGAAGAGCAAACGGCGUUCUACGGAACGGUCAAGACCGGCUACACCAUCGGGCACACCCUGUCCCUCAUCGCCCUCACAGCUGCCAUGAUCAUCCUGUGUCUCUUCAGAAAACUACACUGUACUCGAAAUUACAUUCACAUGCACCUCUUCAUGUCCUUCAUCAUGAGAGCCAUCGCAGUCUUCAUCAAGGAUGUCAUCCUGUUUGAAAGUGGGGAGUCUGAGCACUGCUUUGUGAGUUCGGUGGGCUGCAAGGCCAUGAUGGUUUUCUUCCAGUACUGUGUCAUGGCCAACUUCUUCUGGCUGCUGGUGGAGGGGUUGUACCUUCACACCCUGCUGGUCAUCUCCUUCUUCUCGGAGAGGAAAUACUUCUGGUGGUACAUCCUGAUUGGCUGGGGUGCCCCCUCUGUGUUCAUCACUGCCUGGACAAUUGUCAGGAUUUACUUUUUCGAUGUUGGGUGCUGGGAGGAAAUAGUGGAAUCCCCAUUCUGGUGGAUCAUUAAAACUCCUAUUUUGGUGUCUAUUUUGGUGAACUUCAUCCUCUUCAUCUGCAUCAUCCGUAUCUUAGUCCAGAAGCUGCAUUCCCCAGAUGUUGGGCACAAUGAAACCAGCCAAUAUUCGAGGCUGGCCAAGUCCACUCUGCUGCUGAUCCCUCUCUUUGGCAUUCACUACAUCAUGUUUGCUUUCUUCCCUGACAAUUUCAAAGCAGAAGUGAAGCUGGUCUUUGAGCUCGUGGUUGGGUCAUUCCAGGGGUUUGUGGUGGCUGUGCUGUACUGCUUUCUCAAUGGAGAGGUGCAAGCUGAGCUCAAGAGGAAGUGGCGGAGGUGGCACCUGGAGCGGUUCCUGGGCUCGGACAUGAAGUACCACCACCCCUCCCUGGGCAGCAACGGCACCAACUUCAGCACCCAGAUCUCCAUGCUGACCAAGUGCUCGCCAAAGACGCGCCGCUGCUCCGGCUUCCAGGCCGAGUUCUCCCUGGUGUGAGAGGCUCCCCAGGCACUGAGCAUCCCAAACUGAGACAUGAGGAUCCCCGGGAAUCAGUGAUCCCAUGAGAAACCCCUGUGAAAUGACCUGCUCCACAUGAGCCAACAGAGGACACACAACUGGAAAAGCCACUGGCGUCCAGGAUGAGAUCGGACGAGCCAGGAGGCAGAGGAACACUUUUGCUCUUCCUCUUUUCAGGCCUUUCGCACUUCAGUUUCCAGCCCUCAGGGAUUGAUAGCUCUGAGGAAUUGCCCAACUUAAGCUUCAGUUUCAAGCCCUCAGGGAUUGAUAACUCUGAGGAAUUGUCCAGCUUGCUUGAGGACAACCUGAGAGAUGCUGGUGUGUCAUAAAUAAUGAAGCACUGGGGCUAAGGGAGGGAGAGCCUCAGUCCUUGGUGGCUUUACCAGAACUGGCAUCUCUCAAACAGACAAAUUGCACUUUUUUUAAAAAAAAAAUGAGCCAGUAAAGGAGAGACAGAGGCAGGAAGCAGGAAAAAAAA